AUGACGUCUAUCCUCGAUAUUCCUGGCUCCACCCCGCCAAACCGCUUCAACACCCUCGUUCAAGAAGCUCUGACAGCAAGAGACUACCCUUUACUCUUCGGUCAUUCUGUGGAAAAGAUCAUCGACGCCAUCGCCGCAAGCUACGAUGCUGAUCAAGCAGUAUGGGAGCUCUGGGACGCCAUCUUCAACAACGUCGUCUUCUGUCCGCCUCCCUACAACUCUCAUCUUACACUUCUAGACGCCAUUCGCGCGCAACCACCUACUAAACCCAAAGUCUUACGGCUGUGCCGUGACACUGAAGAAGACGGACAAAUACACUGGUCAAAGCUACCUGGUUUUGAAUGGUAUUGGAGAGAUGCACAUGAUAUUCUUCAAGGUUGGCGUAACUGGGACGGCGUGCGCGAUCCAGAUCCCGAAAAAGGCAUAUCUGAAAGUCAGCUGAGCGUCCCUGGUGAUCAACUGUACCUCCGCAUGUGCAUCUUCUCAGUCGAGCUGAUGAAACACGACGAACAGGCCGGCGUGGGUGAUCCUAUGAUGGUGUUUUGGGCGUGCCGCGACGGAAUUGAACGGGAACAUGAAGCACCUCCGAUGCUUGAGAUAAAAGAAAACGGCAUAUCGCUUGAGCAGGUACGCGCGCUGGAUAUUCGGAUCGCGGCAAUGUGGCUGCGCGAUGGAGGCUGGGCGCUGUGGAAUGCAGAUCAUGCAAAGCUGCGGGAGCAUUGGGGGCCGGCGAUGGAUGAUCCAACUGAACUAUGGCCGAGAGAGGAUGGAUUGACACCGGAACGGUGGGGGCUGUGGGAGAAGAGGCUGUGGGAUCUGAGUACGGAUGAGGAGAGCUUGGACGAAGAUACUAGGGCCAUGGUCAAAGAGGCGUAUGAAGUGGUUGAAGCGAUUUUAGAUACUGGAGAGUAA